AACAAUUCCAGCUUUCUUCUCUAGUUCUCUCUCUUCUUCUUCUUUUUUUUGAUACAGCUCUCCUCUUCUUCUUCCUCACGUCAAGCUGGAAAGACAAUCCCAUCUUUUACAAGUCGUCGUCGGCGCAUGCCACGCCGGCCUUCAACAGCCCAAUGGACAACCCCUCACACCCCUCCUCCGGCCGCCACUCAUGCGCCUCCUCCGCAGCCGCUUCUUUGGUACUUUCUGAUCUGGCUCUGGCGGAAAGCCCAAUCGGAAGCGAAACGACAAGCGCUGGCGCCAUUGCAACGUAAUCGAAGAGUAAGGAAACUAUGAUGAGCUCUAUGGCUACCGAAGAGGGGUUUCGAGGAGUUGCCAGCUUCAGAUUGCGGUGCUUGGGUUCGUUGUGAUUUUCAGCGUCUGCUCGCGUCAUUGUCAAGGGGGAUUGCGGCGACAAUUAGAAAGAUGUUGGAGUCAGAUAUUUGCAAAUUAUCUACCGAGGUUGUCAAAGCGUUUGCUUGCAAAAGUGGUUCCCUCUUUUCAGAUCCACCGAGAUUGUUUGCUCUAUAAUGCAAGAAUUUUGGAUCAUGAUUAUGGAUAGAAUGUAUGGUAGUUUUUAGAUAUGUAAAUGGGUUGAACAAUACAGUUCUUGAAUUAUAUUCUUCCAUUUCAUUCCUUUCCUUUCUUGAUUUCAUUUUCUUCAUUGAAUCUGUUACACGCCUCAAUAACCCGAAAGUCUUUAACACCGCCGCAAUAACUCCCUUCAUGGCGAUUCUUCUGAAGGAACUGAUCCCAGAAAUUCUUGCCCGAUUACCGGUCAAGUCCCUGGUACAAUUCCAACUCGUUUCAAAGCAAUGGAAGGCGCUGAUAAACGAGUCAGGUUUCAUCAACACCCAUUUCCAGCUCUCCAUCGCAGCCAACAGAGAUCGCACGCUCAUCCUCCAUGAGUCGGGCAUAGCUCUGCCGAUGAACUUCUUCUGUUUGCACUUCAACGAUGACGACGGAUUUGACGGUGCCCUCGCGAAUAUCCGCCAGCCACUGCACGAUGGAGAGGAGUACAGCCAAAUCUUGGACUCCUGCAACGGGCUUGUGUGCCUCCACAAUCAUGGGAGACGCAUUGUCAUUUGGAACCCAUUAAUCAGACGGUGCAAGAAGUUGCCGUCUGAGCCAAAGGAAGACGCUCAGCUGUUAGUGCUCGCUUUGGCCUUCGGGCACGACCCAGAGGAGAGAAGGAGCUGGAGGGUUCAGUUUCAUGACAUGCCUGAUUCGAUUGAGACGGCCAUUUGUGUGGGAAGCCUUGUUCUUCUCGACGGUGAUAGCGUGAAUGAUAAUACAGUGGAGCAGGAGGGUCUUAAUCGGCUGGUGGAAGAGAUGGAGAAAGCUGCUAUUUGAUAUUAGGGAAAGUGUUUUGGAGCCCAUUUAGCGGCACUGGCACGAGAACUUUCACCAAACCUGAGUAUAUGUUCCGAUGUGACUUCAUUGACUUGAGUUGCUAAGUACCGAUUCUCCUCACAUUUUUCAAUGUUUCUCAGGGACCUGGAUUUUACUGAUAAAGGGCUUGCAAAUAAUCGAAAGUGUUUUUUUGUUUUUCGUCAA